GCGCUUUGACGCUGCAGUGUGAGGAGGAUGUGGAUGUGGGCAGGAAGGAAACGCCAUGCAAGAAGAGCAGAGAGGAGCGAUCACGCUUCUCCAGCCGCCGCCGUCGUUGUUGUUGUUGCACAACAAUACAGCGCCAUCAAAAUGAUGUGCUUUAAUAACAACAAUAACAAGAAUAGUCCUCGCUGAUGUCCAGAGAGCAGCAGCGGUCAUUCUCCUAACCGGUGUGUGAUUUGACUCCUUAUCCGAGCGAGAGCGCAGCCUGCUCGGCUUGAAAACAUCGGGGCUGGUCAGAGAGAGAGAAAAAGAGGGAGAAAAGAGAGAGAGAAGGAGAAAAGGAGGUGUCUUUCUGUCCCCCCUCCUGUCCUAGCCAUGAGGGAGUACAAAGUGGUUGUUUUGGGCUCGGGUGGAGUCGGUAAAUCCGCCCUGACUGUCCAGUUCGUGACUGGCUCCUUCAUCGAGAAGUACGACCCCACGAUAGAGGAUUUCUACAGGAAGGAGAUCGAGGUGGACUCGUCCCCGUCUGUCCUGGAGAUCCUGGACACCGCAGGGACUGAGCAGUUCGCCUCAAUGCGAGACCUGUACAUCAAGAACGGCCAAGGCUUCAUCCUGGUCUACAGCCUGGUGAACCAGCAGAGCUUCCAGGACAUCAAGCCCAUGAGAGACCAGAUCAUCCGGGUGAAGAGGUACGAGAGGGUGCCCAUGAUCCUGGUGGGCAACAAGGUGGACCUGGAGGGCGAGAGAGAGGUGUCUUCUGGAGAAGGCAAGGCUCUGGCCCAGGAGUGGAGCUGCCCCUUUAUGGAGACUUCAGCCAAGAAUAAAGGAUCGGUCGACGAGCUGUUUGCAGAGAUAGUCCGACAGAUGAACUACUCGACUGUUCCCAGUGGUGGAGACCAGUGUUGUUCAUGUGUCCUGCUCUAAAAUAAGAAAAACAAAACACACAAAACAUACAGAAAAACAAUGCUGAGCUUUUGUCCUGCAGGCUUUUUAAAGGGACUGUUUGUAACUUUCAGAAAUGCUUGUUAACAGCGACACCUGUGGCCGUUAACGUCAACGAAAGUCUUAUUCUGCACAAACGUCCACUGUACAUUCACUAGAUAUUCUCAGAGCUAAACUAACUCGUCUGCAGUGUGGAGCGAGCGUGCGUUCACGUUUAGAGGUGGAGCGAGACAGCGAGAACGCGCACGGUGUGUUAGUGAAGGCAAGCAGGCAGAGGAGCAGAGAUUUCGGCCACACGCGAGCGCGCAUGGGAUCCCGACCCGGUAUAUUUAUACGUGUAAAAAAGUUACAAACAGUCCCUUUAAUCCUCUCUCUCUCCUCACACUGUUGUCUUAUUGUUGCACACACAAAAAUCGACCACCAGGACAACAAAUCGAUUAUGUAUUAUAGUCUGGAAAAAAGUGUUUACAUGACAAAGUACUUGAAUGUUUUGGGGGAAUUUUUUUAUAUAUAGCUUUGUAUUAUGACACUUCUCUGGAAAAUGUGCCUCAAUGGGAAUGUCUUAUUGUGAAAAACCUAAGAGACACCUGGUUUUAUUUCUUUUUGUGGUUUUUAUUUGUUGUACUGUUACAUCUUCUAGGCUGGGUCCAUCUGUCUUUGAAGGGGGGUGGGUCUUUUUCGGCUGAGAUCAGGAGGCCUGCUCAUAAACGCAUCAAUCACCACUCAAGCCUUGCACAGGUUACUCUAAUCAGAUCGACACAAUUUAUUUCCCCACCAAAAAGGUCAAGUGUGAUCCAAGAGGCGCAGACCCACUAACCCACUAAGAUACUGUAUUUGAAGCUGUGGACUGUGGUGGAGUGGUGUUAUAUUUUAGUUUUUAUCCCCUCUCCGGUCUGGUGAAAAGUGGAUUUAUCAUGGAACUUGCACUUAGCUGACGAUGUCCCUCCUCAGUGUGCACAAACAAGGACCUUAGUGCAUUGCUGUCGCUGCAUGGGGAACGCCACGACCCCCGUGUCAAGUGCCUUCCUAAAAGAAAACUCCUGUGACUGUGCCAACUGAUGAGCCCUACUUCCUCUGCAGUGCGUCUUGAUGGCAAUCAGAACUUCUUUUUUUUUUUUUAGCCGUUUCAGCGAACAAUCUAGUUUCAUUUGGUGUCAAUGUGAGAAGAGCCUCUUCCUGUUUUACUGUCAGGAGGCUGAGCUUGUGUCAGACCUGCUGUUUCAGGGUCAGAUUCAGGCCGUUUUCUCGAGGUACUAGUCCAAUAAGAACAACAGAGUAACUUUAUUAGGAUUAUGGUUCAGUGAAUGGCAAGCCAUGUUUGUCUGUUAUUAUCUAGAGUUUUUUUUCUUUUCUAAAAACAAAAAAAAAAAAGUGACAUUUUUGACUUACCGUAAUUGUAAUUCUCCCUUUGGACAAAAUCUUCUGCCAUCCACCUGUCAGUUUGAAAGACUUGUAAUACAAAAAGAAACGCAUUUUACGUAACGCUGUGUGCUGUGCUUGUCUCUGCUGUUGACAUAAAGUGUUUACACUUUGAA